GCACACACAAGGCGGAGAAGGAGAAGGGGGGCUUGCCUCAUUGAGAUUGGACUGCAGCACGGGUGGGAGGGGUCCGCCGAUCACAACAAAGACACACACACACAGCGCACGAGAGUCGAGAGGACAGACGUCGGUCGACAUGCGAAGGAGAAGAAGGUGAACGCGGGGGGGAUGUCAGCUGCCGGACUUGCGGUGGUCCCCCAAGCCCGGAUCAUGACGCCCACAUUACGCACGCUGUUUUUCCUCUUUGUCACGCUACUCGUGCUUCUCCUCAUCAUUGAUGAUAUCUCACAAGUGGAACAAGGAGAAAAGCAUGAAGCCUCAAAUAGAGGCGGCUCAAAGAUGAAGCGGCUCUUCCCGAAAGUACGCAGAACGACGACAGCGACGACACACGUGGACAGCACGACCUCUCCGAAACAAGCCGCGAUGAAUCUCCUUCAACCAGCCUACAAUAAUAGCGCCAAGUUGCCAACACCUGACUGGACCUUCAACAGGACCCUCUCCAAGAUCAUCAGGAAGAACGUGCUAAGAUUCCUAGACGCUGAGCGAGACAUCUCCAUUCUGAAGGGCUCGCUGAGACCCGGCGAUGUGGUCCACUACGUUUUUGACCGCCACAGCACCACCAACAUUUCUGAGAAUCUCCACCGGCUUUUGCCAAGCGUGUCGCCCAUGAAGAAUCAACGUUACAGGCUGUGCGCCGUUGUCGGCAACUCAGGCAUCCUGCUCAACAGCGGCUGCGGUUCCCAGAUCGACUCCCACGACUUUGUCAUCAGGUGCAACCUGGCGCCAGUGGAGGAAUUCGCGCAUGACGUGGGUCGUCGGACCAACCUGGUCACCAUGAACCCUUCGGUGGUGCAGCGGGCCUUCCGGGACCUGGGGGACGAGGAGUGGCGCCAGCGCUUCGUGCGGCGUCUUCGCAGUCUGAGCGGCAGCGUGCUGUGGAUCCCGGCCUUCAUGGCCAAAGGGGGAGAGGAUCGCGUGGAGUGGGCCCUCCGCCUCAUCCUGCGCCACACGGCCGACGUGCGCACCGCCUUCCCGUCCCUGCGCCUGCUGCACGCUGUCAGAGGCUACUGGCUGACCAAUCAGGUCCACAUCAAGCGUCCGACCACAGGGCUCCUUAUGUACACGCUGGCGACCCGCUUCUGCGAGGAGAUCCAUCUUUACGGCUUCUGGCCCUUCUUACGCGACCCGGCGGGCAAGGCGGUCAAGUACCACUACUAUGACGCUCUCAAAUACGAGUACACGUCCAGUUCCAGCCCGCACACCAUGCCGCUGGAGUUUCGGACGCUUAGCGCCUUACACCGACAGGGGGCGCUGCGGCUUCACACUGCCAACUGCCGCGCCGAGGUCCCGAGCUAGUAGCCGGUGGAAUAUCACCAUGGAAACACUGACCAUGCAGGCUACGCUCACGUCAGCUUGCUUUUGUACAUUUAGUUUUCUGUAAUUGCUGUGGGACUCCACUUUGUUCGCAAGCUUUUUGACCUUCAAUUUACAAAGCAGCUUUUGACUGCGGUAACAACAUUGAGAAGACAAUGGUUCUAAAAAAACCAUCAUUCACCAACAUAGUAAGCCUAAAUUGUGCAUGAAAAUGACUUACAUUUUAUUUUCAGGAACAGCAUCAUAACAAGCUUUUGAACAUGAAUGAAGUAAUUUGACUGCAGUUACGUCACCUGAAGCGAUUAGCACAGGUGUGGGCGGGGAACUCCAACCUACCCGUUUCCCAGCCGCAACACAGCGGAUUCAAAUGAUCCAGGCAGGAUUCAAGAUCAAGAGGACUUUCGAAGCACCCAAAGAAGAGGCCUGAUGACCUUGAGGUAAAACAAAAAGAACCUGGUUGUGUGACUAAAAGGCAGAAAAUCAACUUUACAAGUUAAAUACAACUGAACUGGACUUGGGCUGAGAUCUGUUUUCCUGGUCCACCAAUAGAGGGAGCCCACAAGCAACUACUGAAAAUCCAUCUUAACUCAUUAAACACAAGUAUAAGAGCAUCCUUUAUUCGAUUCAAGAUUUAUGUUGCAUAGCCUGGGGAGGCAAAUGAAGAAAGGGGAAAAUGUACUAUUUGAUUGACUUCCCCCUUCCCCCCUCCCGAUGAGAAACAAAGUAGAAGUGUAGCAGCUGGCCACACAGUCGUGUUUGCACAGACUUGCAAGAGUCAACUUAGUGAAAAGAUUGCAAAGAACACUAGCUCUUCAAAGCAAUGCUGAGAAUGUAUUUCUUUUUAAAUGAAUGUACAAGGUCUAUCUUCUCAGACUUAAGUCUGUCCCCUAAUGUGUCAUAUUCAACCACAUCAAUUGUAUAUUGAUUUUCUGGUUCUUUGACUCAAGGACAUUUCAAUGUUUAUUUAAGAGAAUAUGAAUGUAUUUUUGUGAUGCAAAAAAAAAAAUCUUAGCGUGACAAGAAUUGAAA